AUGAAAGAAUGGCUUGAUAGCAAACGAUUGAAGCCUUACAGUACCAGAUACAUAAGUCCAAAUUCACAAAAUGAACUUUUAGAGAUCAUGGGGGAGAGUGUUAGAGAAAGAAUAAAAGAUGAGAUUGAGUGUGCUAAAAUGUUGUCGGUUUCGGCCGAUACAACACCCGAUGUUAGCAAUAAGGAUCAAAUGGUUGUGGCUGCAAGAUAUAGUGGUGAAAAAGGAAUUGCGCGCGAGAGAGUCGUGGAAAUGAAAGAGUGCAAUGACAAACAUGGAGAUAAGACAGCAGAAUGUAUUCUCAAGUGUCUGGAAGCAAAUGAAAUUAAUGUGAAUUAUCUCUGCUUCCAAACAUACGAUUUCGCAAAUAAUAUGUCUGGGAGAAUUGCAGGGGCACAGAGGGUUCUACAAGAUAUUCUUGAAAGACCAGUCCCGUACAUUCCAUGUCAAGGGCAUCGAUCUAAUACUUUCAACGAGCAUUGUGCAAAAAAAAGUGUCAUAAUUACGUCGAUGUACGAUAAUCUUCAGGAUAUAUAUGUUUUCUUCAGUGCCAGCUCCAAACGAAACAAAAUUUGCAAUAAAGAAGUUCAAGAAGUUGAUGAGUACUCCUUGAAACUCCGCAACAUGUCUAAAACGAGAUGGGUCUACUCUUCAGAGUCGAUAGAAGCAGUGUGGCGAAGUAUACAAAGCAUACCCAAAGCAAUUGACAAAGUUGUCAGUGACGACAGCACAAAAAUGAAAGUAAAAGUGAAGGGUAAAGGCAUAAAGAAAAAGUGUCAGUCAUUUGACUUUCUUUUUGCAUUGAUGUUCAUGAGAUUAAUUAUGAAGAAAACAAAGAUUUUGACGAUGAAACUCAAAGCAGACGAGCUUAACAUCCUAGAUGCAAUGAAGUUAAUUGAAGCAACAGUAGUAAAUCUUAAGAAGAUUCGCAUUGAUAACAAGGCUAUGGAUGAAGAGUUGGAUGCUCUAAACGAGUGCGCUAAACAGCAUGGAAUAGAUUCAGCGGCUGAGUUUAGUAGAAAACAUCGACUCAGGUUGCAGCCAAGAAAGAUUGACAACGGUCCAGAAACAUCAGCGGAAUUUAAAUUUAAUUCCUUCUACAGAACAGAAAUGUGUUUUGUUCUCGAUUCUCUGAUAACAGAGUAUGGUGAAAAUAUCAAGGCAUGCUUCAAAAAAAUUGAGCCAUUGGCAAUGGCGUUGCAGCCACCACUCAAAACGAUGAACCCAGAAACAGUCCACACGAUCUUCGAAAGCUUUUCCCACCAGGCUUUCAUAUUGAAGCUAGAUGUUUUCAAGUCAAUUGAUUGA